UCUAAUUUCCGAAAAAUAUCGCUUAGAUUUGUAGCAGCAGCAAGGUUCUCCUGCCGUGUCAGCAACCACGAAACGACGACGCAGCAGUCUCUCACUCUCUUUCUUCGGCGAUGGCUUCGAAUUCGAAAGGCUCAACUCCUCCGUAUGCAAGUGCUGCAAGAAUCUCUGAUUCUCCCUGUUUUCCUCAAUAUACUGCUUCUCUCAAAUGUCUAGAAGAAUUUAGUUCUAAUAAGAGUAAAUGUCAAGAACAUUUUGAUGUUUACAAGGAGUGCAAGAAAAAGGAGGUGCAUCCUGUUGCUACUAAGGCUGGUGGUUAAUUCCUUCUUAAUUUUAACAGAGGGAAGCUCGAUUGGAACGUAACAAAAACCGGUCCUUCUUCUCGUGAAGUUUUCUCCUGGAUUUUUUUUCUAUUGUAUCAUAGGAAAUGAAGUAAAGAGUUUACUAGAUUGCUGGUUCAUCUCUUAUGAAGCUAUGACAAGAAAGAUGUUUCAAUAAAUUUGUAUAUUGGUAUUUACGGCACAUUUUUAGGUUUAAAUAAAUUUCUUAUUUAGUUAAUCUGAGACCAUUUAAUAUAUAUUCCUUUUAUGUUUCUGUUGUUAUUCUCCCCCAUGUUAAUGUGACUUUUCUUUUAUUAUUAUUAUUAUUAUUAUUAUUAUUA